UUUGGACUUCACUGGGGUUGCAAACAGGGCAAACAGGAGGAAUUUUCUUCUGCCCAAAACGCAAACCGUAUUUUUUUUUUUAUCAUGGUCUUUCCGCUCUUGUGAACAUUAAUUGCGCAGCAAAGGAGCACAGAGGUGUUCACGUUCCUGUCGCUUUCCGCUCGGAAACAAGGUGUGAAUGACAGACGUGGUGCCCCCCACUGCACUUGGUGAGAUCAAACUUCGUCUGCUCUGUCACGAUGACAUAGACACCGUCAAACAGCUCUGCGGCGACUGGUUUCCCAUUGAGUACCCAGACUCAUGGUACCGCGACAUCACUUCAAACAAGAAGUUCUUUUCUCUGGCUGCCACCUUCAAAGGGGGCAUUGUGGGAAUGAUAGUGGCUGAAAUAAAAGGCCGAACAAAAGUACACAAAGAGGAUGGAGACAUUUUGGCCUCUAGCUUUCCUGUUGAUACACAGGUUGCUUACAUCCUGAGCUUAGGAGUUGUGAAAGAAUUUAGGAAACAUGGAAUAGGUUCACUACUGCUCGAAAGUUUGAAAGAACACAUAUCUACCACUGCACAGGAUCACUGUAAAGCAAUCUAUCUUCAUGUCCUGACAACCAAUAACACUGCCAUUCACUUCUAUGAGAACAGAGACUUUAAACAGCACCACUAUUUACCUUAUUAUUAUUCUAUACGAGGAGUGCUGAAAGAUGGCUUCACCUACGUACUGUAUAUCAAUGGCGGACAUCCUCCUUGGACCAUUUUUGAUUAUUUGCAGCACAUUGGAUCUACUUUAGCAAACUUGAGUCCCUGUUCCAUUCCUCAGAGAAUAUAUCGUCAAGCACAGAACCUGCUCCGCAGUUUCUUACCUUGGUCAGGUAUCUCUGCAAAGAGUGGUAUUGAGUACAGCCGGACGAUGUGACGACAGCAACAUCGUGAAAGUCAGGAAGUGACCUGGAGCAUCCUGAGCUAUGGAGCAUUGCUCUUUUGGUGAUGAAUUGAUGCCCAGACACCAGUAUUUCCACAAGGGACCCAGUGAUGCCUGAGGUUUUGAAAAACGCACUCAACUCAGACGUUGUAUUAUAUUUGUACGGUACAUAUGUAUAAAAGUGAUGAACAGUGUUAUAGUCAUUGGUUGGCUGCUCAGUUGAUGCACAAACUUUUCUUUGUACACACCAAAUGGCUGUAAUUUGCUGCUCCGUUAGAAAUCCAGAACAUGUCUUGCCCUGGUUUUUCAUUAAAAAGUAGAUGAUGAUGUGUGCCUGUUUAUAUUAGGGUUUAAUACAAAUCUGUAACAGGUAGCAGUAUUCCCUUAAGAUACAGGCCAGAUUUCCAAACAUAUGCUUCUUGUGUGCAUAAAUCUUAAGUGCUAAUCAUAAUUGGUGAUGAUGGCUCAUUGCAGUAAUAGGAAAUCUUCAAGAUUGCACCAAUUUGAUUAAUUGCAAUGUCCAGAUUACUAAUGGCUCUGGUAAAAAAAAAAUCUGUAGAGUAAAUGAUAAAUUAACAGACAUACAGUGCUGUUAACAUUUCAAACAUGAAGAAAACCAACAUUGCUUUUAUAGAUUAUAGAAAAAAAAUGGAGCUUCAUAGAAGUGAUUUCCUUCUGUUCUGUUUAAUGCUCAGCUGAAUAGCCUUUAACAGUGAUUUGUCUCAGGCAGCAGGCUAGCUUUUGCUCCAACUUUUGCUGUGAGUAUGCAUUCCUAAACACAAAGAAUCUUGCAGGCUGUGCUUUGUUUUUUAUAUUUCUUUGCAAGUUUAAGAUGCAUAUUAACAGAACGUUUUAUAAAUAAUACUGCAUAGUUAAUGAUUCAAAACAUUUUUAUUGUUUUUCUUAAGAUAGUGAAUACAGUGACAAGUUUUUAAUGCUCAUGUAUUUGUAUACAAAGACUGGAUAUCCUUUUUUUUGUCAUGUUCUUUUAAAGGAGUGUUUCCUUUAGAAUAGAGCUGGUAUACAUUUAGUCUUGUAAAAACACUGUCCAUUUUCAGGCUGCUCUGUGUUUAGAGGAAAACCUCCCCACACUGCAGCCACACCCUGAAUAUUAAUGGGAUAACAGGCCAGGCAGAGCUGGUCCUUUGAAAAGAAGAAAUGUUGAGUCUCAGUUGAACAUACAGCUUCACAUUUGAAUAUACACAGAACAUUUAAUUAUAUGGGGAAAAAACGUCUGACCAAAGGGAAUUCCAAUUACUUGUAGUGUGAAUCAAUGUGUAAUAUUGGAAUGUUGUACAAGUGACGGAUUGAGAAAUAUUUAGGAGAGAGGCCUGGCUGUAGAACAUCUGUUUCUUGUGAGAACUCAGCAUAACAAUGCUUACGAUGUAGUUAAUGUAAAUAUAAGUUUAAAUACUUUUUGAAUUGAACAAACAAUUAGCUAGAUUGAUUUUUAAAAGAUAUUUAUGAUCGAAACUCAGAUGCACUCUAUUGUGGUUAUAGGGAACGUUCUUCAGAUAAAUCCUGUUUUUGUUAUGCGUGUGUUUGAAAAGGGGUUAGGGUGGGGUAUCACCGUCAAGAGCUUUCUCUCUCAUGCUAUAAUGUUGUGUUUGACUAAAUUUUCUUUCCUUAUGGGUAUGAAACAAAAGCAGCGUUUUCUUUUCAGCUCUUUUCAAGGAGUUAGCUGCUUGAUGUUUACUGGUCCACAGGAACCCCUGCUUUCAGCGGUCAUCGGUUCUUUGGAUAAAUUUGUUGUCUGCCAGACCAGUGUAAAAGUCUGGGGCGAGGUCUUUUUUUCUACAUAAAGCUUCUGCCGUCUUUUAUUGGCCGAAUGCAGUCUGAAUAAUUAAAAAAGAGCAUGGUUGAUUUGUUUUUAAAAGCUAGCGCAUGUCUUCAGUUUUUAAAUGCAAAUAAAUAAUCGAAAACAACAGUAAAAAUGUGAAACAUGACCUUUAGGUAGUCAACUAGGGCAACCUCUGCUGUUAUUCUGCUAGAAAUAUUUACAUUUAUUUUAAUUACUUUUGAAGUAAUUGUUAACUUUGCAGGGAACCUAUUAUCUUCUACCACAAGCACAAUAGUGCAAUUUACCUGUUUUCAUUGUUUUGUGUUUUCAACAUGAUUAUAUUUUAAUAUAGAUUUUAUUUUCUGUAUUUUUUAAUUGGUGUUUGCUGUGCAUGUUCUCCACGAAAUUGCAAUGUUAUGUUAACUUGAUUUUAUUUAAUCUUUUUCUAUAAAAUGUGAGAAGAGGACUUACUGAUUUUAAAUACAAUGAAUGGUAAUAAAGAUAUUGGUUAACUGACAUAAUGUACUUGUAAUUGUGGGGUGAAUCUUUUUUUUUAGCUCUGCAAAGAUUUAUAUAUGUACUGUUCGAAAAGUUGGAAACAGACAUCUACAGCUGUAGUUUAGUACAAUGAAAAUGAAAGAAAACACCACAAAAUGUACUUUUUUACUAUAUGUGAUAGGUGAAUGCUGUUCUUCAUGCUGUUUGUGCAGGAAUGGUCAGUACUGUAGUAUUGUUCCACAUGUCAUGAAGAAUAUUCCCAAAUGUGUGUUUUAGGUCAUUUCAAAUCCUCUUCUGUGCCCAUGCUAUUUUCGAUGCAUCCAGACUAUAGGAAAUGCAGCAUGCAUUUCAAACCAUUUCAAACCUUAUAACUAAUAUACUCUCUAUUAAUUGUUUAUUAUGGCUGUGUGAUUUGAAUCAUUGUCAUGCCAAAAAGUGAAGUCUGGUCUCCAUUAAUCUCUUUUUCCACCUGGUGCACUUUGGUGUUGGAUACUGUAUAUAUUUUAUACCUGGCAUUGAUGCCUUAAAUAUGUAUUAAUUGUCCAGCACUAGUAAAAGAUAAAGAAGCAUGUUG